CGAGGGGGAUCUGGGAGGGGCGGGAAGGUGGCGGCCGGAAUAUGGCGGACCAGAUCCCUCUGUACCCGGUGCGCAGCGCGGCGGCGGCGGCGGCCUACCGCAAACGCGCGGCCUACUUCAGCGCAGCGGGGCCCGGGCCGGGGGCCGAGCGGCCCAGCAGGUACCAGCUGGAAGAUGAAUCUGCCCAUCUGGAUGAAAUGCCAUUAAUGAUGUCAGAAGAAGGCUUUGAGAAUGAUGAAAGUGAUUACCACACGUUACCACGAGCUAGGACCAUGCAAAGAAAGAGGGGGCUACAGUGGUUUGUCUGUGGAGGCUGGAAGUUCCUCUGUACCAGUUGCUGUGAUUGGCUGAUAAAUAUUUGUCAAAGGAAGAGAGAACUGAAAGCUCGCACGGUGUGGCUUGGAUAUCCGGAAAAGUGUGAAGAAAAACAUCCCAGAAAUUCUAUAAAAAACCAAAAAUACAAUGUAUUUACCUUUAUACCUGGGGUUUUAUAUGAACAAUUCAAGUUUUUCUUGAAUCUCUAUUUUCUGGUAGUAUCCUGCUCACAGUUUGUACCAGCAUUGAAAAUAGGCUAUCUCUACACCUACUGGGCUCCUCUGGGAUUUGUCUUGGCUGUUACUAUCAUGAGGGAAGCAGUUGAUGAAUUUCGGCGUUUUCAGCGGGACAAGGAAGUGAACUCUCAGCUAUACAGCAAGCUUACAAUAAGAGGUAAAGUGCAAGUUAAGAGUUCAGACAUACAAGUUGGAGACCUCAUCAUAGUGGAAAAGAAUCAAAGAAUUCCAUCGGACAUGGUAUUUCUUAGGACAUCAGAAAAAGCAGGUUCAUGUUUUAUUCGAACUGAUCAACUAGAUGGUGAAACCGACUGGAAGCUCAAAGUGGCGGUGAGCUGCACGCAGAGACUGCCAGCCCUGGGGGACCUUUUUUCGAUCAGUGCUUAUGUUUAUGCUCAGAAGCCACAACUGGAUAUUCAUAGUUUUGAAGGCACAUUUACCAGGGAAGACAGUGAUCCACCCAUUCAUGAAAGUCUCAGCAUAGAAAAUACAUUGUGGGCAAGCACUGUUGUUGCCUCAGGUACUGUGAUCGGUGUUGUCAUUUAUACCGGAAAAGAAACUCGAAGUGUAAUGAACACAUCCAAUCCCAAAAAUAAGGUUGGUUUGUUGGACCUUGAGCUCAAUCAGCUGACCAAAGCGCUGUUUCUGGCUUUAGUUGCUCUCUCAGUUGUCAUGGUAACCUUACAAGGUUUCGUAGGCCCGUGGUACCGCAAUCUUUUCCGGUUUCUCCUUCUCUUUUCCUACAUCAUUCCCAUAAGUUUGCGUGUCAACCUGGACAUGGGCAAGGCAGCAUAUGGCUGGAUGAUAAUGAAAGAUGAAAAUAUUCCUGGCACAGUGGUCCGGACCAGCACCAUCCCAGAGGAGCUGGGGCGCCUGGUGUACUUGCUGACGGACAAGACAGGAACCCUCACCCAGAACGAGAUGGUAUUCAAGCGGCUGCAUCUGGGCACUGUGUCUUAUGGAACAGACACGAUGGAUGAGAUACAGAACCAUGUCAGGAAUUCUUACUCACAGACUCCUUCUCAAGCCGGUGGAAACAGCACCAGUUCAACGCCUCCAAGAAAAUCUCAAUCUUCAGCUCCCAAAGUUAGAAAAAGCGUGAGCAGCCGAGUCCACGAGGCAGUGAAGGCCAUCGCCCUGUGCCACAACGUCACCCCUGUGUACGAAGCCCACGGAGCAGCCACAGAGACCGAGUUUGCCGAGGCAGACCAGGACUUCAGUGAUGACAACCGCACAUACCAGGCCUCCAGCCCCGACGAGGUGGCCCUGGUGCAGUGGACCGAGAGCGUCGGCCUCACCCUGGUCAACAGAGACCUCACAUCCAUGCAGCUGAGGACGCCCAGCGGCCAGAUCCUGACCUACUGCAUCCUGCAGACCUUCCCCUUCACCUCCGAGAGCAAGAGGAUGGGGGUCAUUGUCAGGGACGAGUCCACGGCAGAGAUCACGUUCUACAUGAAAGGCGCCGACGUCGCCAUGUCCACCAUCGUCCAAUACAAUGACUGGCUGGAGGAGGAGUGUGGAAACAUGGCCCGAGAAGGCCUGCGUACCCUUGUGGUGGCCAAGCGGGCGCUGACGGAGGAGCAGUACCAGGACUUCGAGAGCCGAUACAGCCAGGCCAAGCUGAGUCUCCACGACAGGGCGCUCAAGGUGGCUGCAGUGGUGGAGAGCCUGGAGCGUGAGAUGGAGCUGCUGUGCCUGACGGGCGUGGAGGACCAGCUGCAGGCAGAUGUGAGGCCCACCCUGGAGAUGCUGCGAAACGCCGGCAUCAAGAUAUGGAUGCUGACAGGUGACAAACUAGAGACGGCCACUUGCAUUGCCAAGAGCUCACACCUGGUGUCUCGGACGCAGGACACUCACGUUUUCAGACCAGUGACCAGCCGGGGGGAGGCCCACUUGGAGCUAAAUGCCUUUCGAAGGAAGCAUGACUGUGCACUGGUCAUCUCCGGGGAUUCCUUGGAGGUCUGCCUGAAGUACUACGAGCACGAGUUCGUGGAGCUGGCCUGCCAGUGCCCGGCCGUGGUCUGCUGCCGCUGCUCGCCCACCCAGAAGGCCCACAUCGUCAAGCUGCUGCAGCAGCACACCGGCAAGCGCACCUGCGCCAUCGGUGAUGGCGGAAACGACGUGAGCAUGAUCCAGGCGGCCGACUGUGGGAUUGGGAUUGAAGGGAAGGAGGGGCGGCAGGCUUCCUUGGCAGCCGACUUCUCCAUCACGCAGUUCAAGCACAUCGGCCGGCUGCUGAUGGUGCACGGGCGCAGCAGCUACAAGCGGUCAGCGGCGCUCGGCCAGUUCGUCAUGCACCGCGGCCUCAUCAUCUCCACGAUGCAGGCCGUGUUUUCGUCUGUCUUCUACUUCGCAUCCGUUCCUCUGUACCAGGGAUUCCUCAUGGUGGGGUACGCAACGGUCUACACCAUGUUCCCCGUGUUCUCUCUGGUGCUGGACCGAGACGUGAAGCCAGAGAUGGCGAUGCUAUACCCCGAGCUCUACAAGGACCUCACCAAGGGCAGAUCCUUGUCCUUCAAGACCUUCCUCGUCUGGGUUUUGAUCAGCGUUUACCAAGGCGGCAUUCUCAUGUAUGGGGCCCUGGUGCUUUUCGAGUCCGAGUUUGUCCACGUGGUGGCCAUCUCCUUCACGGCCCUCAUCCUCACGGAGCUGCUGAUGGUGGCCCUGACCGUCAGGACGUGGCACUGGCUGAUGGUUGUGGCCCAGUUCCUCAGCCUGGGCUGCUACAUAGCCUCACUUGCUUUUCUAAAUGAAUAUUUCGAUGUUGCCUUCAUCACGACCGUGACCUUCGUGUGGAAAGUGUCAGCCAUCACCGUGGUCAGCUGCCUGCCCCUCUACGUCCUGAAGUACUUGAGGCGGAAGCUGUCCCCUCCCAGCUACUCCAAGCUCACCUCCUAGGGCUGCAUACCUGCCACAGACAGGCCAGGGCCCGGGACCACUGGAUGUGGCCGUGCAGCGGCCACUGAGGGACGCGAGGAAGGCCCAGGAGGGAGCCCCAGACUGGGCGCCGGGGACCGGCCGCGCCUUAUCCAUGCAGGGGCCAGAUGUCCUUCCUUUCUUUUUUUAUUGUUUUUCAGAAUUUAAUUUCUACAUCGCAGCAGCUUGAGUUUCUAUUGAGAAUGAGCCCUCGUCGUCUCACUGCUGCUGUAAAGCAUUCAUCUUACUCUGGCACACUCAGCACUCGGAGAAAUGAAAGUUUACUUAAUACGCUGCUGUUUCCUAACAUUCAAAUUCUUUCUUUGAUGUCAUGAUAGAGAAAGUCAUUCCUUCUUAACUCAAAUAAAGUCUAGAUGCUGUCACA